UUUUUAAGCUUCAUAUUAAAGUGUAUUUAUCGUUUAACAAGCACUGACCUGUGACAAAACUGAACAGUUUCAGUGUUUACCUUUUUAGACUUAGUGUUGUUUGGUUUAAUCUGUGUUGGCAUUUAGGUGGAGGUUAUUUUCAGUGAUAUUUAAUACUUGCCAGGUUAUUCAGACAAAGAAUUUGAUAGAUGGCUCUAUGGGACAAAAUAGUAGCAAGUGUGACAAUUUGAAAAAGAGCAUACGGAAGUCGUCGUCAAAUCUGUCAUCAAAUACGCAGAAUGGUAGUUCAAGUUCCGACGAUGAAGCAGACGGCAAAAUAAAUUUUCAGCAAAAAUCUCAGAAGAAGAAAGGCAGCAAAAAAGGAAAAAUGCCGCUGUUUAGGAAGCAAAGUACGAAAGCGAAGAAACGUCAAGAUCAUCAGCAGUAUCUGGCAAAGGAAAAUCCUGAGCCGGUGUUUGAUUUAUCCAACUGCGAAAUUGAGGAGAUUCCAUCAGGGGUUUAUGCCUUAUGCAAGGUGCUGCAAAAAGAGGUUUUGUUGCUACAUGAUAACUGGCUGAGUUCAAUACAUUCUACAAGCAACAACAUUACAGACCUCUCGGCAAUCAGGGUGUUAGAUGUUCACAAUAAUGAGCUCAGACAUUUACCUGAUGACAUAGGAGAACUUAAAUGUUUACAGGUACUAAACUUGGAGAACAAUAGACUGACCAAGCUUCCUACAACAGUAGGAAGUCUGAGUUGUGUACAGACACUAAACCUCAAGGGUAACAAGAUAAAAGAAUUGCCAGAGAGCAUUUGUAAGAUGAAAUCCCUCAGAAUGCUGGACAUUCGAGAAAACCGGAUUACUGACUUACCACAACACCUGUGCCAGGUGAAGACAUUAGAGACACUGAAUCUGGACGCCAUUUCGAUGAAAUAUCCUAAUUAUGCUACCUGCCUUUCGGGUACAGAAGCCAUCAUGAAGUUUCUUUGCUCAGAAUGUGGUAUAGAGUACCUGGCGCCCUCAAACUUUCUGCUGGAUGUAUUGGAACCACCAAAGCCCGAGCUACUCAGCCCUGAAGGUAGUAGGGCACUGCAGCAGGAGGAAAACUUUAUGGUAAACUUUUUUCUAGAUUACAUGGCAAGUUAUGCUCAACCACAACAACCAGUAAGACCACCAACUGCACCCCCACCAGAGGAAGUAUUUACCACCAGGCAGGCAUCAGUUGUUGCCAGGGGACUUAACUCUGAAUGCACUAUAUGCCUUGAUAAUACUUCUGAAGUUAUAUUUAUGAACUGUGGACACGUGUGUACAUGUAUCCAGUGUUGUGAAUCUGUUCAGCAGUGUCCUUUGUGUAGAGCAGAUAUUGUAAGGCGUGUGAAGUUAAUGGCAGCACAAGUGUAGCGCAGGGUACCAGUGGAGGUUUUGAUCAUAUUGAUCUAAAGGACUUCACGUUUCUGUUUCCCAGCAUACUUACAGCCUUGACACUCAUAUGAUAUAGUACGUGGUACACACAUUUUGUACAGUCAUACAAUUCCAAGAAACAUUUGCACAUAGUUUGUUACUUUGAUAGUAAGAUACCAUUACCACCACAUUGUAAGUUUUACAAACAGCUCUGUUUACAUUUAUAAUAGUUGCAGUAAAGCCCUUAUCGUUUGAGGUAUCAAAGGGGUGAGACAAUUACUGGAAAUAUCCAGAGUUUUGAGCAGUUCAAACAUAGUAAAAGGGCAUUAAUUGUUAAGAGUUAGUACAGAUGUUCAAGAAAGUCCAAACGCUUGAGUCAUUGAUGUUCAAGAAAGUCCGAUACGCUUGAGUCAAUGAUGUUCAAGAAAGUCU